UACCAUAAAUUUCUCUCCAUGUACUGAAGUUAAUUAUCGAAAAUUAUAUAUUUGUUAUAUUGCAUACUUAUAUAUAUAAAUUAGUUUUAAAAGAUGAGGAUAAAAAGUUUUUUAUCAUGCGAAAAGUAAAUAUUAACUAAAAUUACUUACCUUACAGGUACUUGUGCCCACAUAUUUAUGUAUGAUCGUGUAUAUAAAAUUAAAAAUAUAAAAUAUGUAUCAAGUUGAAGCAAAAAAUAGACUACAAAGUAGUAUUUUUCAUCCUCUAUUACGAGAAUGGCAUUCGGGAAAUCUUCAAAUUACACCUGUAAAUCUUAUGUAUCCAAUUUUUAUUUUAAGCUCACCCGAUGAAAAAAAUGAAAUUGUUAGUAUGCCAGGAGUAUAUAGAUAUGGAAUUAAUCAUUUAGAGGAAAUGCUGAAGCCUUUAGUAGCUAAAGGAUUACAAUCUGUACUUUUAUUUGGAGUUGUCGAUGAUGACUUAAAGAAUACAUUCGGGACUAAUGCCGAUAGUAAUGAAAAUCCAAUUAUCAAAGCUUUGCCAUUGUUACGUAAAUGGUUUCCUGAUUUAGUUAUAGCAUGUGAUGUAUGUUUGUGUCCUUACACGAAUCAUGGUCAUUGUGGAAUUCUUUAUGAUGAUGGCACAAUUAAUAAUAAAGAAAGUAUAAAUAGAAUAGCUGAAAUAGCAGUGUCAUAUGCUAAAGCAGGAGCUCAUAUAGUUGCGCCAUCAGAUAUGAUGGAUGGCAGAAUAGGAGCUAUAAAAAAAGCACUUGAUGAUGUAAAUCUUACGAACAAAGUUUCUGUUCUUUCUUAUGCUGUAAAAUUUGCAUCUGGAUUUUAUGGACCUUUUAGAGAUGCAUCGAAAUCAUCACCAAAAUUUGGUGAUAGAAAAUGUUAUCAAUUACCGCCUGGAAGUAAUGGUUUAGCUUCACGAGCGGCUGCACGUGAUGUUGCUGAAGGAGCUGAUAUGUUGAUGGUAAAACCAGGAUUGGCUUAUUUAGAUAUUGUACGUAAAACAAAAGAUACUUAUCCAGAUUAUCCAUUGUUUAUUUAUCAAGUAUCUGGAGAAUAUGCUAUGAUUUAUCACGCAGCCAAAAAUAAUGCUAUUAAUCUUAAAGAUGUCUUACAUGAAAUUUUAACUUCAAUGAAACGAGCAGGUGCUGACUGUAUCAUCACUUAUUUUACUCCCUAUAUUUUGGACAUGUUAAUACCGAAAAGUAAAUAUUAAUAUGCCUGUAAAAAUGUUUAAUAAUUAUUAAUAUAUUUACAUGCCAACGCACAAAUAAAUAUUUCAAUGUUAAAUCUCA